AUGAAGCAAACGGAAAUGGAACAGCGGUUCUCUCGCGGUCUAUUCCAUGGAGUGUAUGAGAAUCCGGAAAAAUAUCGAAAAUCAAGGGCGCAAUUCCAAUGGCCAGAGGAUCUCGGGCUUCAGGAGCGUCUAUUGGUUGUUUUCAAUUGCAUGUCUUUGGCUGGCUUUUCUUGUUUCGGUGCUUUCUUGUUUGCAGCAUUCCAAUGCAAAGUCACGUUCCAGAACCCUUCGGUUUCUAAAACCAUAGCGAACUUUCUCCAUUGUCCUAGGUUGGAUUCUGAUGAGCAUCCUUUGUCUAUCAUUAAGCUAAUAUAUAAUCAUCCGAAAUCUCAGGCCUUCGAGAACCAUGCUCCCAAAAUGCCAUCCUUUUCUCUGCCUCAUUAUGCGCUUCCACCUUCAUCCCGAAACUUGUUGACUGUUCGAAUCUGUUCUGAGCAGAAGAACAACACGACUCGGAACGCAAUUUUGGAUUGGGCUGUUCAGCGUGUGAUUGAACACGUCGAUGAUGAGGCUGAAAAGCUCACUCAGCUGAAAACAGUCAGUAAGGGAUGGAAGGAAAAAGUGAAUUGGGAUAGCAUCUUGAACUGGAGCAUGAGCGAAACUCAGGAAACUCUUGCGCUUACCGCUCCGGUUAUAUUUUUCUUUGUGACAACCAUUGCAGUGAGCCGUUUUCAGCGGAAGAAACUCGAUGCCAAAGCUAUGGGCGUCACAUGUGGAGAAACAGAACAUUCCCUGGAUGAAGAAGCCAUUGACGACCUCCCGCAACUACCAACGAAAGGAUACAAGAAACUUAUUUCGAAAUCAUUACGCGAUCCUUGGCUGGGAUCUACCACUGUGAUACUUACACUAUUGUACCUUCGCUAUCGGUAUGCUGCAGUCUUCCCCACAAUUAUGGGUAUUUUUCUAUUCUCCACCAAUACCAAUCGGGAGGUGAUCAACGUAGUGUCCCGCCUCGGUCUCUCAACUGCAUAUUCCACAAUACUUGCUACACUUCACAUCCUUGCGGCAGAUUCCGCGUCGGUACUCCGCAACUUUGGUGCUGCUCUUGAGUAUGGACCUCCGAAUUUUCUUCUCCUGUUCGACAAUGUCAACAAAAAUCGUCGUGCAUGGAAGCAAUCACUGUUAAAUCAGGAUAUUAUGAGUUGCGGAACAGCAGCUACCCUUAUUGUCCUCGAGAAUGUUCUUCCGGGGGCAUUAGACAUGGCCCAGAUUCUGCGGAACACUGCUUCGAAGGCCCGUUCUGCUUUAACCAUUGACCACUUGCUUUCUGAUGUUGAUUGGAAGCACCUUGACGGUAUUGGAUCUGCCACAAUCUUACGCAUAUGGAUCAAACAUGUAUCUUCACUUUCCCAAUUCCACGUUGAUGUUGAGGAGAUAUUCAAGUCAAAGUUGGCAAAAUAUCGUCUAUGCACCCGCAAAACCCAGAUACACACUAUGCGUACUACGAACAUUGAUGAAUCAUCAACUGUGGGCGCAAAUGAUGUUCUUCGUAACCUGGUCUUUGACCAACUCGCUAUUUCGACGCACUGGCUCAAGUGCUUCUUUAUAUUCAUCUGUGGUGACCAGCUCAGUAUAGAUCGGAUACGCAAGCUCAUUCUGUAUACUUACAAAGGCGAAACACCUUCAAACAAUUAUAAAUGGGCUCUUCCCGUUAUCCAGCUCUGGCAUAUGAAGUACAACUGGCAACGAGUCAUUGUUCAAUGCCAUUGGUGGAAAGAUACAGGCAAGACAGUUUAUGGUCUUGCACAUGAUGCCAGACAUAUACGACGUGAAAAAUUCAACCCCGAUAAAUGUGACUUUUAUCCGGCUCAUCAUUUACUUGAAGAUCGUUUUACAGCAAUGGUAUUGCAUGCCCUCCGAAUUCUAUGCGAAGAGAAAUGUGGUAUAGUUACGGCGCCAACUGUAUCAUUACUUGACGGGCUCGAAACUUAUUUCGAACCUGGUGGUCCAAUGCAUAACUAUACAUUUGAGCAGUUGGUUACUCUUUCAAAAGUGGUCCACCGCCGCUAUAUGGUUAGCGCUGCACAUGAAGAUGCACUUGGGCACACUGCUCGGCCUAUGGAAGUAUAUGGCCCGCCUACAGCACCCGAAAAUUCCAAUGUGGGAAGCGAAUCAUAUGCAAAGAAUACACCCAAUCUCGGCAAAAAGAAAAAAUCUAGACGGUCCAAAGCUCCUACAGCUGAAAUGCGGAACUAUUCCUCGGGUGACCAGUGCUUAGCUAACGAUAUCUCUUUUAUGAGAACAUCCUUGUGGUAUCUUGAAAUGUGCUCAGCUAUCGCAGAGGGAGAUAUAGGCCGUGUAUUCGAGGUAAUCAAAGUUCUACGGUUCUCCUUUUGGGGUGCGGGAUCAACAAACUAUGGGAAUGAGCUGUUAGAGCUUGCCUGUAAUUUUCUGUAUGAGUUCACACCUGAGCUCAUACUCGCAAUCUUCGAGAAUUAUCUUGUCAACACAUCUAACCUCGCUGGUCAUUGGUUUGAAUUAGACUUACUCCAGGAGCAUUUUAACUUCUGGAUAAAGCGACUAUUCAACUCCAAGAGCCAUGACUUUGACUCGGAACAUCUUGCUGAAUGUGUCAGCCUGAACAUUCGGGGCCUUAGUAUGCUUCGGGGACAUAUGUCCAAGCAGUUUGGACUGAGCGAAACCUCAUAUACUCACUCAGAUCCUAGCAAAAUUGCAGAUAUCAAUCGUCUUGGAUCACACUACCGUGCUCAUAAUAUUCUUCGUUACAUUCCUGCAAGAGACCAGCCAUAUCUAGUACCAGACGAGUACACGGCAGGUAUCAAUUAUUUGGCUGAUGGUCAGCUUGAUAUAUUUUUGCAACGAACCAUGCGAGGAGGGUUACUAGCUCGGGAUGAAUUAUCAGAUGGAGAUAUUGAUGAGGUUGAGGGAAUGCCUGCAAAUCCAAUCACAAGUGAAGCGGGGGGGUUGAAAACAAGCGAGUUUAUUAUGUGA